GCCGGGACGCGGAGCCUGAGCGCGGAGUCGGCUUCGGAUCGGGGCGGUAACCUCUGUUCUGCCUUUGAGCUCCCAGCUGGGCGAGGGGUCGCCUCUAGCUUUCAGUAAUGGAGUACGCAGGGAUAGAAGUCGACUCUGUUGCUUCUGGAAUUAAGAGACGAGUGAAGGACAGAAUUGCAAAGACAAAGUUGAAUGUUUCUCUUGCUUCAAAGAUCAAAACAAAAAUAUUAAACAAUUCUUCUAUUUUCAAGAUCUCUCUAAAGCACAACAACAGAGCAUUAGCUCGGGCCCUUAGUAAAGAGAAAGAAAAUUCUCGAAGAAUUACUACCGAAAAGAUGCAAUUACAGAAAGAAGUAGAGAAACUCAAUUUUGAGAAUACCUUUCUUCGCUUAAAACUAAAUAAUUUGAAUAAGAAGCUUAUAGAAAUAGAAUCACAGGUGAGCAGUCACUUGUUAACUGCAAUUGAAAUGAGCAGUCUUUCUGAGUUCCAUCAAAGUUCUCUUCUCCUGUCAAGUAACAAGAAAAACAGGAUCAGUAAGCAAUGCAAGCCUGCGCCUCUUCCAUAUGCCAGGGUUCCAUUGACUUCAGAAAAUGAUGAUGAUGAUGAUGAUGAUGAUAAAUGGAAAACAAAAUGUAACAACAGAACUGUGUCAAAGACAUCACCUGAUAGUACCUCUUCAGAAUCAAGACAACCUUCAUCCUUACAUCAGAAUAAUUCGGAAGUAUCCCUUCCUAAACAAGAUAAUCAGAAAACAUGUGGUUCAGGUCAUUCAGAACAUACUUCAAGUGUUGAUGUACUUCCUAAUGAGAGCCAUUGCCACUCAGAUCAAAGUCCUAAGCGUUCUCUGAGUGAGAUGAAAACUGUUUCAUCUUCCAGCCUCAGAAGGGAAAAGUUAUCACUUGGUAAUGUGACUAAGAGGAAGAAGUGUGUGUCUUCAAUUGUAGACAUUCUGUGUGUGACAGAUUUAGAUCACCAACCCAUUUCAAGUCCAGGAUCAAAUUGGAAUAAUGAUAUAAAUGGUGGUACUAAUGAAACCAGUAACAACACCCAAAGAAAUACAGAGUGUUUUCCUGAUUUACCUUCUGAGUCUUCCAGUGAUCCUAAUGCAAAGUGCACGGAGCAAGUACAGAAGAGCACUGAUAGCUUUCACUUGCAGAAAACUGUGUAUGAAGAUGCUGACAUGGAGUUAACUGCUACUGAUGUCGGCAAGAUUGUAACAAUUUCAAAAGGCAAUAAAAAGCAAAAUAAGAAAAAGGCAGAUUGUAGAAAGGAGACUUCCAGAAAAGUGAAAGAUACAAGCUCUGAUAAAAAGAGAGAAAGCUCAAAGAGAAGAUGUCAAGAUAGCUCAGAAGUAGGUGCUGAGGAAAAGACUGAAAACAGACCAGAAAGAGACUCUGGUGUCCUAGAUGGCAGAGGGGAUUCCAAAGAUCCAAACUGUAUUUCCAGUACUGAGCAGCUGUCUCAGGUAAACAUGCAGAAGAAAAUAAUCCUCCAGAACAGUUUGGAUCAGGAAAACAUUCAAAAUAAAAAGAGGAGGCAAACAUACAGGGCAGAUGAGCAAGAGGAAACAUACCCCUUUUCCAGACAUUCAGUCAGAUUCCUUCAAGAUGGUAGAUUUGAUCUGUAUCACAACACCCUACAUCGUAAUUUAAGUAAGCCUUCUCGACAGACAUUUGUGAUUCAUAAAUCAGAAGAAGAUAAUUUACUUCCAAACCAAGAAGAUAAAGACACCAUUUCUGAAAACCUAGAAGUUGCAAAUGAAUCUCAUGUAGCUGAUCUUUCCAUCAAAGCUAAUGAAAAUGUACGUGACCAUGAAACUCAGACAAUGUUGGACUUGAAAAAGUAUGUCACUGCUCAACAAAAUCAAACAAAUAAGACUAAGCAGAAAAUAAAUCGAAGGACAAAAAUAAUUUCUAUCCCGAACCAAAUACAUGAGGAUAAUGAUAAAGAUAUUCAUGUCCUAGAAAAAGGCAACUUUCCCUCCCAAACCCAAGCGAAUAAAGAAACCACCAGUGGAAACCUAGAAGCGUCAAAAGAAUUUGAAACACCUCUUCUUUUCACAAGAGACAAUGGAAGCUUACGUGACUGUAAGAUCCAGAAUGUUCUGGAUCUGCAGAAGAAAAUUACUAGUAUAUACCCUGCUCAGAAUGAGUCCCAGAUUAGCAAAAACCCUAGGCAGAAGGUAAAUCGCAAGACAGAAAUAAUUUCUGGAGUGAAUUGUUUUAGUAAUGACAGAGGUGUUCAUUGUUCAGAAAAUGAUAAGUCUUUCUUGCUACAAAAGGAUAAAGACAUCCCUGGAACCUUAAAAGACUUAAGUGAGUUUGAUACACCUGCUUUUUGUAACAAAGAUAGUGCAAAGUCAUGUGAUUAUAAGACAGAAACACUCUUGGAGUUGAAAAAACAUGACCCUAAUAUGCAACAUGCUUGUCGAGAAGAUUCAAAAGUAGAUAAGAAGCUUAGACAAAAGGUAAAUCGAAAGACAGAAAUAAUUUCUAAAAUCAACCAAAUACAUGAAAAUGAUGGAGGAAGUGCACAUGACCCAUUGAAUAAGAAGCUCUGUCAUAAGGUUAAUAUAUCAGAAAUCAUUUCUCAGUUGAACCAAAUAUAUGAGCCUAUUAAUGAAGAUGGGAAUGGCUUUAAAAGCUCUAUCAAAGAUUGCCAAGAUGUUUUAAGUUGUGACUUUGGGGAAAUCAACAGUAAUAAAAAGGAAAAUUGUGAUCCAAUUCAAGAUCCUUGCAUACUAGUUACAAAAACAAAGAAAAAGGUAUCAUAUAAAACAGGGAACAGUUUGACAAGAGAUAAGAACAGGUGUAUUUUGCAGUUAACAGAUUCUUCACAGGUGUCUGUCACCUUAGACUCUGGCUUAAAACACGGACCAAAUGAAGCAGAUUCUGGUCCUGGAGAACAGACUAACCUGCCAAAGAAGCAGAAACAAAGCACUGUAAGUUCACUGGGAGAUGCCUUCUCUGUGAGCGCAGUAAAAGAAGGAAGCCUCCCAGCCAAAGCAGUCAAUAAAAUGGCACCCAAAUCAAAGAAAAGAAAGACCCUUCUGGGUUGUUCUGAUACCCAUGGAACAGUGGAGGUAACACCCAACACUGACCUCGCUAAGGCUGUUGACUCCCAGCAGACUGACAAGGAGAACUAUUUGGAGAAUGAGAAAAUGGCCAAGAGUAAGCCAGAUUUUUACACAAAGGUGUUGAAACCUUUAUCUCAGACGUGUUCAUCUAACAUAAAGAAUUCUUCCUUGGAUAGUAUGUGUAAAAGUUCUCUACCUUUGAGUAUUUCUUCUAGUAAAACCCUGAUGCUAGAAGAGAGAUCUUCCCUGGAGAGUACAUGCAUCUUUCAAGUAGGUGAUGAUGCUCAUGAAAAGAUAAAGGAAGGCACUCAUAAUCCCCACCACAGAACACAAAAGUCGAGGCCAGGUAACAGAACAUCCCUGGUCUUGAUGGAUACCAGUUGUGUUUCAAGUAACACUGCUAACCCUGAGAAUGAGUCAGAAGGGCAGUCUUCAUACCCGAUGAGAAGGAAAAGACAGUGCACCCCUGUCAACCUGACAGAGCCAAGCCUUAGAAGGCAAGUGUUGCAGUGCUGUUAA